AUGUCCCUCGUGGUUACGAAGUCAUUGGAGCGUUUUAAAGAAAAAUGUGCCAAAUUAUGCUGAUUGUGGCUUUGACGAAAUCGUAGAUUAUUUGUACCAUCAUCAUCGACCAUUCCUUAUAAAAGAUGGUAUAAAAGUUGGCAAAAGUGCAUGGCAACUUGUACAAUAAUCUUGAAUUGAUUUAAGCCCAUGGAAAUGGUACACUGAACAAUACAGAAAUGAGAUUUGCAAGACUCACGACGGUAUCAUGAGAGAAAACUAGAACGUCCCUUUGCAUCCGGAGUUUAAAAGGACGACAAAUCUGAUUUCGAAAGUGAAGAGGAAGCAAUCACCACAAGAGAUUUGCAAGAAGAUUCAAAGUUUACUUUGCAAAGCUUAUAUACACAGAUGGAGUGUUGUGUGAAGAGUACUCUAAGAAUGUUAUUGACGAGGGAUAGUACAAGGACCAAUGUAGCGGCUUCUCCAUGAGAUUGUAGAAGGAUUAGUUCACGUUCAUUCACUGGUAAAAAUUUCUAUUAUUGAAUGUGCAGUCUUAAUUACUCAAAGCUCGAAAAAUUUUCACUAUUCAUUACUCCCAGAAAAUAUGUUUGCAUACAACAGGAAUUUUUAAAAAAAUAGAGUAGACUUAUAAUGCUGGCAUAUGAAUUCGAUUUCAUUUUUAUGCAAAGUUAACAACACAGGCUACCACUAGCUGUGUUGUUGGAAGUUGGAACGUUUGUUUUCAGUAGUUAUCAAUGAAAAAUAUUUUUGCGGGAAAUAUUUAUUUUUGAAAAUUUCUGCCUAGAAAAAGUUUUCACUAUUUUUACUUACGCUUUCAACAUAAGAAAAAACACACACACGCACAAAAAAAAUUGAAGAAAGAACACACUAUCGGCACAAUUUAAAUGUAACUGCCAAUAGAACUUGCAAUCAUGUGAUUUGUCUUCACUGGGAGCUAAUCUAAUAUAAUCUGAUCUAAUCUAAUACUAAUCUAAUUCUUGUGGAGAACAAUCUUUUGUAAUUUCUUUAAAUUUUCAAAGAAAGUUGUCGUAGAAACGUUUGCUUUGAACAGAAAAUUUACGAACAUUGAUUUACAUAUCUCAAUACUUCUAACGUAUGUGUUUUAAUGUACAAUGUGUAUGGCCUCUUAAGUAUAGUCUGAAUAGUAGGUAUGAUAAGUAUAAUGUUGGAUGAAGUUAAUGUUAUUGCAGUUGAGUUGUAAUGUUACGUUGUAUUUAGUGUGUUGCGCUUGGCGCUAAAUUUUUGCGCUUUUUAUUGAGAUAACCUUAACGUGCGGGUUCUCAAAUACCCCCAAAAUUUCUCAGGUGUAAAAGCCAUUAAAGUGCGCAUGCGCUGAGUUAACCUACUUAUCUUGCGUGUUUUUUUCAUUGAGUUCUUAUAAGAAUUCUUGUAAGAAUUGAGGUCUUAUAGAACUCAAUGGUUUUUUUGUGCCUCGAGGAACUGUUUUCAUGAUGGAAGAGGUAACUCAGGAAUUUAAGAAUGAAAAGCAUUCAUGGACUACAAGAAAAAGAAAUAAAGAAAGAGAAUAUAAGGAAGGUGGAAGUCGUGAUUUGCUCUUAAAAUGGCGUUUUACUGAAAAGGACCUAGUGGCACUUCAUGAAGAAGGAAUUAAAGUAAAACAUGGUCGCUGGUCUAGAAGAGAGAAAAACAGACUAACAAAAAAUUUGAAGAAGUACUUGAAGAAACAUAAUCUUGAAAAUGUUGCACAUUUAAUAUUUGCUGAAAAUGGAAAAAGAGAGGGAAAUGCAAAAGAGCAAACAAUACAUACAAACUUCUAUCGUAAUUUAGCUAAAGGAAUAGAUCGUCCAUUAUUUCAUGUUUACAAAAAAGUGAGACGCAUGUUUAAUGAAAAUAAACAAGGAAGGUGGUCAGAUAGUGAAACAGAAGAGUUGUUAAGAUUGCAUCAAAUUUAUGGAAAUAAGUGGUCAAAGAUAGGAACUACUCUUGGACGCAAUGCAAUGUCAGUUAUUUUUCGAUUCAUUGCAACUGAAAGAAUUGCAGUUGGUCAUUGGUCCAAGGAGGAAAUUGAUCGUCUUCAUGGUGCAGUAAGAGCAGUUACUGGAACCAAAUUUAGCACUCAAAUUUUUGGAGAAAUAGACUGGAACGAGGUUUCCACAUAUGUCAUGAGUAGGGAUGCUAUUCAAUGUAGAAGAAAAUGGAUUGGCGAAGCUUGUUUUCAAACAUUGGAUGAUAAAGAAAACAUAAAAUGGAAUAAUGAGGACGAUGUACGACUUAUUGAAAGAUUAUACUCCUCUGGUGAAAUAGAUGAAAAUUUUAUCGACUGGACAGAAAUGACAAAACAGUUACCAAAAGCACCAUGUACCUCAUGGUUACGAAGUCAUUGGAGUGUUUUAAAGAAAAUUGUGCCAAAUUUUAUGGAUUGUGAUUUUGAUGAAAUUGUGGAUUAUUUGUACCAUCAUCAUCGACCAUCCCUUAUAAAAGAUGGUAGAAAAGUUGGAAAAAACUCAUGGAGUCUUGUAGCUAUUUAAAUUCAAUGAUCUUGAAUGUGUGAAUCAUAAUAGAUUAUUCCAAAAUUUA